GCGCGCGCGUGAGGAUUCAACAGCUGCACAGUGAGGAUUCGCCAAGUUGAACAAAUAUGAUUCACAUUCAAACAAUUGAAUAGGUUCCUAAUAGUCUGGACAUUGUAUAUAGCAUUGUUGCUCCACCUUCAGAAGACAAUGCCAACUCACUCGUUGCUGCCGUUUGUGGAGAGCCCAGAUGGACUUGCCCAAGACAUUCUGAUUAGUAACAAUGCAAGCAUCCCAGGGCCUGGCUCCAGCAUGACGCCACACACCACCAACUCAGAAAAGGCUGUGUUGCAAUCUGGAGGAAGUGCACCGCUAUCUUGUAUGUUCUGUGAUCAGACUUUUACUCAUCAGGAUGAACUAGGACCUCACGUAUUAACACAGCACCCCACCACUUUCUUUGAACCCGCUGUGCUUCGAGUUGAAGCAGAAUUCAGGAUCCCGGGAGAGAGACCCCAUCCCAAACCAAGCAGCCUCCCUGUUGAAAAAGAGGAGGUUCACAGCUGUAUUGUGUGUGGCCAAGUAUCACAAGAUGCCAGUGAGCUGGAGACCCAUAUGAGGAAGCACAAGGACUACUUUACUUUCUGCUGCAAUGUCUGUGGACGACGGUUUAGAGAGCCAUGGUUCCUCAAAAACCACAUGAAGAUGCAUGUAAAACCAGGGGCAAAGAGCAAGACCCAGCAAGACCUGGAGACCCCAGUCACAGUCAAUGGCAUCGUCCAAGACCCUAUUUCGGAGCCUGUAGCCACUGUUUACAAAAUGUGCAUGGUUUGUGGGUUUUUCUUCCCUGACCAUGAGAGUUUGGUUGAACAUAGUAAAGUACAUAAUAGAGAGGUGGAGCAUGGGAAAGGUAAAGACAAGGAGAACAUGGAUGCCACUACUGAAUCCCUUGCAAAACAAGAAACAUUUCUCCACAGUCUAAACCUUCUGCCUUGCUCUGCAGGAAAUAGUUUGCAACAUGAGAGAUCAUCAAAAUGGAUUCCCCAGUUAGAUCCCUUCAACACCUAUCAGGCCUGGCAGCUUGCUACAAAGGGCAAGAUAGCAGUUGGUCCUAAUAAUACUAAAGAUAUUGGCCAGGAAGCCAGCACAGACAAUGAAGACUGCAACUCUGAUAAGGAGGAGUUGAAUAAUAUUUGGUCUGAAGGCCAAGGAGACAAGGCUGUGAAAGAGGUCCUUGGGCGAGAGCUCCGGUCUCAGCAGCAGACUGUAGCAGAAAACCCAGGACCACAGCGGAGGUCUCUAAUGCAAAAAGAUAAGGACAAAGAAAGACCAACCACUUGUGAGGAAUGCCACAGAACCUUCAGGACAUACCACCAGUUAGUUCUUCACUCCAGGGUGCACAAGCGUGAGAGAGGUGGUGAGGAGAGCCCAACUUCUUCUCUGGAUGGGAAGUUGUCAAGAGUAAGCCCACUGGAGCACGCAGAGGAAGGCUCUGAGGAGGGCUACGAGGAGGCAGCACUGACAGAAAACCUUGGUGCAGGUGAAGAUGGUUUUGAUCGAUCAAAAGUCCGAUCAAAACAAUGCAGUUACUGUGGUAAAUCAUUCCGAUCAAGCUAUUACCUCACAGUUCAUCUGAGGACUCACACAGGUGAAAAACCAUUCAAGUGUGCUUACUGCGACUAUGCUGCAGCCCAGAAAACAUCACUGAAAUAUCACCUGGAUCGUCGUCACAAGAACAAACCAUAUGUUGAGAUCCCCAGCAGACCCGUGCCAUCAAUGCCCUCUCCAAAUGAUGGAAAACUUGGAAAUGACAUUGAAAAUCCUGCCCCAAAUCGAUCCAAACUCUGGGUUCCUGGAGCCAGAUCGUGCACCAGUGGAACACCAGAGGACAGAUUUGAUAGUGUAGGUAGCAACCUUGGCAAACCGCUCGUUCAGAUGAAUGCUGAGUAUGAGAAAUUAAUUGCUAAGUCUGCUAACUCCCCGACUGAUGAUGUGCUCAUAAAGUGCCCUGUACCUGUUAACCUGAAGAUAGAAAGGGAGGAGAUAAAAGAAGAAAACUCUGAGGCCCCAUUAAAUCUGUCCUUAAAAGUGUCUCUCUCCAUCCCUGCCAGUGCAGAACCCAGAAAUGCAUUAAGUCCAAUUGCCUGUUCAUUUUGUGCAUAUAAAACCAUGUACCCAGAGGUUCUGAUAAUGCACAAAAAGCUGACUCAUAAAGACAAGUCAGAGAGUACAAAAAAGAAUGGAUUUGCUGGCAGUUUGAAACAAAAACGUUAUACAGGGUGCCCCCCUGCACUUGAUGGGAAAGAUGUCAGCCCACUUCCAAUGAUUGACAGGCGCCACCCUCGUCGAACCAAAUCCCCACCCCCCCAACCUUCAAAACCACAAGAGAAGACACCUGUUAACCCACCUCCUGGUCCUAAGCGGUCCCCUAUCCACGCACCCCUACACGAUGUUGUCCAGGAGACCCAGCGUUACAGACAGAACAUUGAUUCACAUCCUAGUCAGGAAUCUCCCAGGUACACAGAGCUCAUGAAGAAAUCUAACACAGGCAGCAAGUUUGUAAUGGACCGACCAGGCCCCCCAGACAGAGUUGGAAUUGGAGAGAGGGGUUACCCAGCACGAAGUGGUGUCAUUUGGCACUCAGAAGCUGCCAGGCUGUGCCUGUCAAGCCGAUUUGGGAGCCUCCCCCAGAUGGACUUUGGUGAACCCUCUAGCAAGAGACUGAAGUACACAGUACCUACAGGCAGGGAAGCUGACAUCGGUGAGAAGCCUGGCUUUAGAGGACCAGCAGGGGAUGGAUCCAGCAGGAUGAUUAUCUCAGGGAGAAGUGUGAAAACCACAUCUCAAGGGUCAGGUCCAUCCACAGUUCCUGAGAUGUUGGGUCCUGUAAAAAAUACAACCACAGCUAUUGGAGGAGGGUUGGACACUGAGUGGAGCAUGAUGAACCUUCUGCGGCCAUACACAACCAAUGACCUGGCAUCUCUCUAUCACAGCACACCAGCUAACCCCAGUCACGGAGGAUUGUCUAACCCAAGAGCAGGGGGCAGAACUGUGCUGUACCAACACUUACCCACUCUGCCCAACCUGCAGAGGAGAGACCUCUCAGGGCCAUUUCCUAAUCAACGCUAUGGGGCUACUGACAAAAGUACCUAAAGUGCACCAAGGUAAAAUGUUGAAAAAUAAUAUGAAAUGCAUACAGCUGGGCUUCCUUUUUUGGAUUUUCAAACUCUGACAAAAAUCUUUGAAAAGUUUUACCCUGUUCUUGAUAUAAAUGAAUCAAGUCAUAUGUGAAAUGCAUUUUUUCCCUCUCUCUAGAUUGAACUGUGCUGCUACCUUAUUUUGGAAAUUUGUUCAAUGUACAGAUUUAAGAGGAGAGAUGGUUUGUGCUCAGAAAGUGUCUAGGCUCCCCUAAUUUAAUAUUUUUUCAAUAGAAGAAAAUUUAUGUUGCGUAGACAUUUCAGGGCUCAGGCUUUCAGUGUAUAUUUUUUUCUUUUUUGAAUGAAAAAGUGCAGGAUAUCUCUCUUUGAAGACAUGAUUCCACUAGUGUGCACUGUGAUGUUUGUUUCCACUCAAAACUGUUGCUUAGUCCAUAUUUGACCCACACUAAUAUUCAGAUACCUGUAAGUGUCUAUGACAUAACAGUAAAAUUUGUAAGUGGGUUGACAUAAAUAUAUCUGUAAGCUUUCAGUACAUAAAAAUUGUAUUAAGUAAAAACCUAAGAAGAAUAAUUUGUGUGAAGAAUUGCUGCUAGGUUCACUUAUUGUUGAUGUCCGAGCAGUAAUUAAGCACUAUUCAGUUUUUUUGUUUGUUUUCCUUUUCCAAAGCACUGGAGGGUGGGGAUUUUCUGUCGAAUAACUUGAUGGCUUCGGCCCAGUGGUUUACAAAAAGGCCACAGUAACAAGUCCUUUGUUUGUUGAAGUGGUCUACCUCAUGUUGUGCUCCAGACACUGUUAUUCUUGUUAAGCUGCUGUAGCUAUCAUAUCAGCUGAACCUCUGUCUAGUUGUCUAUUGACUAGAGACAUGUUUUGAGUAUAACUAGAUGGACCUGUGUUUGUUGGGCAUCACAGUAUUUGUCAAACACAUAAAACACAAGCUCCUCUGGUGACAAAAAGCAGCUACUACUGAGGCCACAUCGACCGAUGGCACAUGAUUAACUGUAACACAAUUUGGGUUGUGGAUUUCUCUGAUAUACUUGGUAUUUACAAUCCCAGUUUUAAACACAGAACAGAUUUCGUGGUUAAUGUUUAUCCUUUUCAAACGGCAAAGGGCUAUCAUCUGCUUGAGUGGUGCCUAAAGUCCAUAAGCUGUAAAAUAUACCAAAUUUCAAGGAGUUCUGUUUGUGUGUUAAAUAGUCAUGCUGUAUUUUUUUUAGGCUGCAUAUUUAGUCGCUGUUCAGGAGCUUGCUUUUACUAUGCAGUCUUGAAAGGGGUGUUUUGUUUCAAGUGACAGCAGUCGGUCCCGGCUGAUCAUCAAGUGGCCUUUUAGAUGUUGUAUUACUGUGUGGUUUGGGAAAAAAAAAAACAAAAGCAGCUAUGUUGGUUAAUGGCUCAAUUAAUUAUACACUGUGAACAAAAAAAGUCUCAGGUUAACUCAUAUUUACAAGCAGUUUAGUCUACUGUUUAAUUUAGUAUUUUGCCACUUUGAAAGGCUUUGGUUAAGUUAUUUGUUUUUGUUUGGUAUUCACAUUACAUGUGUACUUAUGUAAAAAUUAAAAUAUUGUUUGAGAUUUGUAUGACACAUUUGAAUAAUAAAGUGAGAUG